AUGGAUCGCAGCAGAGAGGCUGAGAUGGAGCUGAGGAGAGGACCCAGCCCACCCAGGGCUGGCAGGAGCCACGAAGUGGACGGGGACAAGGCCGCCUGCCACAGUUGUUGCAUCUGUGGCAAGAGCUUUCCUUUCCAGAGCUCCCUGUCCCAGCACAUGCGCAAGCACACAGGAGAGAAGCCCUACAAGUGUCCCUACUGUGACCACAGGGCUUCCCAGAAGGGCAACCUCAAGAUCCACAUCCGCAGCCACCGGACGGGGACUCUGAUCCAGGGGCACGAGCCAGAGGCGGGAGAGGCUCAGCUGGGGGAGCUGCCUGUCUCUGAGGGCCUGGAUGGGUGUGCCAGCCCCACUAAGAGCACCUCUGCCUGCAACCGCGUGCUGAAUGGGGCCGUGCCGACGGAUGGCAGCAAGAUUCUGCUCAGGAGCAGCCGCAAGGAAGCAGAGGGCGCAGCCAGCGCCCAGGAAGACGCCGAGGCUAUGGUGCAGUGCUCCUUCUGUAAGAGCCGGUUUGAGCAUAAGAAGGACCUGGAGCUGCACGUGCACCAAGCCCACAAGCCAUUCAAGUGCAGGCUGUGCAGCUAUGUCACCCUGCGGGAGGAGUCUCUGCUCAGCCACAUCGAGAGGGACCACAUCACUGCACAGGUGCCCAAUGGCAGCGAGGCCUGUGUGGAGAACGGCAAGCCUGAGCUGAGCCCUGGGGAAUUUCCCUGCGAGGUGUGUGGCCAGGCCUUCAGCCAGACCUGGUUCCUGAAGGCACACAUGAAGAAACACCGCGGCUCCUUUGACCAUGGCUGCCACAUCUGUGGCCGGAGAUUCAAAGAGCCCUGGUUCCUCAAGAACCACAUGAAGGCGCAUGGACCCAAGGCAGGAAGCAAGAACAGGCCCAAGAGUGACCUGGACCCCAUUGCUACCAUCAACAAUGUGGUACAGGAGGAGGUCAUUGUCACCGGCCUGUCCCUCUAUGAGGUCUGCACGAAGUGCGGGAACCUGUUUACAGACCUGGACAGCUUGAACGCCCACAACGCCGUGCACCGUAAAGUUGAAGCCAGCCGGAACCGAGCCCUGGCCGAGGAAGAGGAUACAGAGGACCCCCAAGACACCAAGCAGUUCUUCUUACAGUGCCUGAACCUGAAACCGCGUGUGGCUGACGACAUGUCCCCCAGUGAGCAGGUUGGACGGCGAGUGGCCGAGUUGGACCCUGUCAACAGCUAUCAGGCCUGGCAGCUGGCCACCAGGGGGAAGGUGGCCGAGCCGGCUGAGUACCUCAAGUAUGGGACCUGGGACGAGGCGCUGGCCGGGGAUGUCGCCUUUGACAAAGACAAGCGUGAGUAUAUACUGGUGAGUCAGGAGAAACGCAAGCGUGAAUCGGAUGCUCCUUCUACCCAGGCUCCCCCAAGGAAGAGGGCCAAUCUACCUGGGGACCCCAUGCUUUCUGGACACCUUGACCCCCGGCCAGCCUCACGCCCCAACCGCAGGGCUGCGGCCACCACUGGCCAGGGGAAGUCCUCUGAGUGCUUCGAGUGCGGCAAGAUUUUCCGCACCUACCACCAGAUGGUGCUCCACUCCCGUGUGCACCGCCGCGCACGCCGUGACAGGGAUCCUGAAGGGGACCGGGCAGCACGUGCCCGCUGCAGUUCACUCAGCGAGGGUGAUUCGGCGUCCCAGCCAAGCAGCCCUGGCUCAGCCUGUGCCACUGCUGAUUCCCCUGGCCUGGCGGAAGAAGUGGUGGAUGAUAGUGGUGAAGAGGCGGUGUCUGAACCUGCAUCAGGGGGCGAACCAGGACACUGCUGCUCUUCUGGAGAGGUGGCACCCAUCCUGCUCUCCAACGGAGACCCGAGUCACAGUCUUGGAGAUAACCUGGCAGAGGAAGACAUCAGCGAGCCCACGGUGGGGAUCGACACGCCGUCUGUGUCCGUACUUGAAAACAGCAGCAGAGAGAUCGCCAAGGGUCCCGAGCAGCAUAGACAUUCCCUUGACUUAAAGAUGCCGGCAUUUCACCCCAGGCAGGAAGCCAGCACGCCUGAGCGGGUGGACGUCCCUUCGAGCAUGGAAGUAGCCAGCCUGCAGCACACCUUGGACAGCCAAGCUGGGCAUUCGAAAGAGAAGCUGUCCGAUUUGCACAAGGAGCACUGUGGGGUAGGGAAGCGGGCAUCUGCCCCUGACCUGGUCCCGUUGGACUUGAGCAUGAAGUCGAUCCGGGAAAACCCCAGCAGUAAGGAAGCCAGCUCCCCGCAGACCGCCCUAGUCAUUCACCCGUGUCCUUACUGUAACCACAAGACCUACUACCCCGAGGUCCUGUGGAUGCACAAGCGCAUCUGGCACAGGAUCAGCUGCGGCUCUAUAGCCCCUCCUUGGACUCAGCCCAGUGGCCACAAGAGCAUCCGCAGCAACAUGGCUUUCCUCGCCCGCAGUGGGCGCACAGGGCCCCCGCCUGCUCUCGGGGGCAAGGACUGCCAGCCUCUGCUCCUUGCUCGUUUUACCCGCACCCAGGUGCCAGGUGGGGUACCAGGAUCAAAGGGCAGCUCUUCUCCCCUUGGGGUGACCACAAAAGCCGCUAGCAUGCCUAAGAACAAGGAGAGCCAUUCUGGGGGCGCCUGCGCUCUGUGGGCCCCUGGCCCCGAUGGGUAUCGGCAGACCAGAGCUGGCCAUGGCCAGGAUCCACCUAGUGCUACAGUGCAGGGACCCCUGCCCAAGUCCAAACAGGAGGCUAGCUCCAGGCUGGCACCUUCCCCAGGCAGUGGGGGCCUCAGCAAAAGUGCCACCCCUACACCCUCAGUUAUAACCCGUGUUGGUGCCCAGCCCUCAGCCAACAGCAAGCCAGUGGAGAAACUCGGAGUCCCGGCAGUGGGGACUGGCUUUGCCCCUCCGAAUAAGCACAGUGCCCCAGACUCUCUGAAAGCCAAAUUCAGUCCUCAGCCUCAGGGUCAGCCUCCCUCGAAAGGUGAAGGAGGCUCUCCUCUACCUCCCCGAGAAGCCCCUGUGAAGGCGGCCCAGGAGCUGCGAACACUAGCCACGUGUGCAGCGGGGCCCCGAGGGGACGCAGCCUUGCAGGCCCCGCCCGGCGCGCCUCCCACCUUACACUCCAUCCAGCAGGAGCCGGCAGCCGAGGGCCAGGAGAAGCGCUUGGACAUCCUCAAUAUCUUUAAGUACAUUCCAAAGGACUUCGCCACACUCUACCAGGGCUGGGGUGUCAGCAGCCCUGGGCCUGAGCACAGAGGGACACCGCGGACACAGGCCCACCAGGGAGACUUUGUCUGUGUGGAGUGCGGCAAGAGUUUCCACCAGCCCAGCCAACUCAGGGCCCACCUUCGGGCACACACAGGGGAGAGACCACAUUGCCCCAGGGACUGUGCCAGCAGGGCCCCUCCGAAAGGGGACGUAGAGACACACCUCCAGCACCCAGCCCGUGAUAGUGUUGACUGCGGCCUCACGGGUGAUUGGAAGGCUCCCAGCAGUGACCAUGGCCACUUUGGGGAAGAAGAUCCAAGGUCUCCUGACCAGACACCUUAGACCUGAGAGCCGUUGCUCCAGAGCAGACCAGGGAGAUGCCUCCUUGGUAACAUGUAGGGACAGCAAAGAUGCUAUGCCUAGGAUUCCGUGCAGCUCUUUCACACACAUGUGUGUGCUCAUCGCCCAUGGCCUGUGUUUCCUCACAAUAAGCAGUGGUAUUGGCAGGCACAGUAGCAGCUCAAGGAGUCUGUGUUACUCAAGACAGGCAUGAGACACUGGAAAAAAGAUGCUGGUUUGUUUGGAUGGAGUGAAGGGCUGGGCACUGUGGGG